AUGGCCAACCUCAAUGACCCAAGAGCAGACCAAGACUCCAGCACAAUGAACUUCCAAGCGUCAAUAAUCAAAGUCGUGGUUGGCACCGAUAAGUACACAUAUCGAGUUCACAAGAGCUACCUCACCAAGCCCGGAUCGUUCUUCGAGACCGCGUUGAAGAAGCCGUGGAUCAAAGGACACCAUCGCACCAUCGAACUCCCGGAAGAUGACCCGUACGAUUUUCACGUAUACGUUCAGUGGCUGUAUACUGGCAAGUUGUUCUGCAAGCCUUUAUACGAGCAAGAACCCGAGACAGAGGAACGGAACUACGGACUACUCUUCGAUCUGUACGUACUCGGGCAGAAGCUGCUGGACCGGGAGUUCCAAGAUCGUGUCGUCGAUGCGACGAUCGCGGCGAGCCACGACACUGGCUACAAAGAGAGCUCAAAACGUUUGUUCCCUUCCGACGGUGUUGUGGACUCACUUUAUCGGCGCACAUCCAAGGGAUGUCCGAUGAGACGGCUUCUGAUCGAUCUGAGUAUUUGCCAGGGCGGUGAAGGGUGGAUGGUACCCGCCCAAAACGAUCCCGACGGCAUUAAUGUCGAAUUUCUGAUAGAUCUGGCUACUGCAUUUUACAAGAUCCAGGCAGAUGAUACGAUCAUGGACAAGCUUGAAGAACUGGACGAAGACCCAGGGUGCGAGUACCAUCACCACGGCAAGGAUGAAGAAUGCGGAAGCUACGGCGGGAAGAAGAUCGAGGCGUUGUGA